ACGGGGGCGGGAAGUGGCGGGUGGGACUCACCCAAGCGCGACUGCCCGGGCUCCUCCUGCGCGGCGAAGGAGCGCCAUAAAAGCUCAGUUGCGACCCGCUGUCUGCACCCCGGCAGUCCGCUCUCACCCCUCGGAGAGACGCGCCCCACAGCAGAGCUCCCGCCGCCCCGCCACGCCGCUCGCCAGCCACGAUGCUAGGUAGCAAGCGACUGGGGCUGUCCGGACUGACCCUCGCCCUGUCUCUGCUCGUGUGCUUGGGUGCGCUGGCCGAAGCGUACCCCUCCAAGCCAGACAACCCGGGCGAGAACGCACCGGCGGAAGACAUGGCCAGAUACUACUCGGCGCUGCGACACUACAUCAACCUCAUCACCAGGCAGAGAUAUGGAAAACGAUCCAGCCCUGAGACACUGAUUUCAGACCUCUUAAUGAGAGAAAGCACAGAAAACGUCCCCAGAACUAGGCUUGAAGAUCCUUCUAUGUGGUGAUGGGAAAUGAAGUUGGCUCUCCAGGCUUUUCCUAUUUUCAACCCAUAUUUCAUUCUGUACAAUGAGUGUCGGCCUGUCCUACCAAUGCAUGAGACCAUUGUGCUGAAUUCUACAGUGUUUUCCUUUGUUGUUAUUGUAUAUAUGUGUGUUUAAAUAAAGUACCAUGCAUUCAAAAGUG